AUGGGCGCGGCCCUCGGAAGCAGCACCGACCUUGACCAGGGCAGGACCCCCGCCCGCGGGACCCUCAGAGUGCCGCCACCCUCCUCCCGGCGGCCGCGCCCCUCCUCCCGGCCCCUCAUCCGGGCCGCCGCGCCUCGCCUCACGCCUCACGCCGCCGAGCCUCACCGCCCGCCCCCGCCGCCGCGGUUCGCCGCCAGCCUCCUCCCGGCGGCCGCACCACGCCCCUCCUCCGCGGCUCACAAGGCAUCGUCUCACCACCGCCCGCGCUGCGUACUCUCCUCGCCUGCAGAUCUCGACCUCGGGAGCGGCCGUUCCGGCGACCACUCGGUGCACCGGGUGUUCCUGGACCCCGGUGGCAAGCACUGCGUCGUCACCGUGGUCCACCCGGGCGGCGCCGAGACGUACUACCACCACGCCAGGUGGCCGCGCCCCAAGCCGCUACCUUGCCUCCGCAGCCUCCUGGUCAAUGCCGUCGCCUGGAAUCGUCAAUCCAUAACCGAAGCAUCGACCAAGGAACUGAUCCUGGGAACAGAGAGCGGCCAGAUCAUUGAGAUGGCCGUGGAUGAGGCCGACAAGAGGGAGAAGUAUGUGAAGCCACUCUUCGAGCUCACUGAAAGAGAGGGCAUCAAGGCUCUGCAGAUGGAGACUGCUGUUGUUGGUAAUUCCACAAGAUUCUAUGUGAUGGCUGUCACUCGGACGCGGCUUUACUCAUUCACUGGCAUUGGUUCAAUAGAAAUCUACUAGUGGAGAUGAGAACUUCGUGGAAAGUAAGGGUUUUUUUGACCAAGUCUACCUAGCGCAGGCUGAUGCCACAUUUGCUUCAAAAGAGUAUUACAUUGCAGCUUCCUUCUAUGCGAAGAUGAAUUAUAUCCUAUCGUUUGAGGAGAUCAGCUUGAAAUGUAUACCAAUAGCUGAGCAGGUAAUUUUCCUCUGAACUCUUUGACGCAGCAUAUUAUUUUUUUAGGUAAGAUGCAACAUAUUAUUGGAAGUUUUUUAAUGUUCCGUCUUUAUAUAUAUACUCUUUUCAGUCAAUUUCAUGUUAAGUCAAUUCAUUUGUUGUAUCUCUUAACUUUGUUACAUCCAUGCAUUAGAUUGAUGUUGCUAUUUCCAAGAUUAAAAUAAGAAAUGUAUUGUCAUUGAGGUUGUGUAUUUUACGCUAGCUAGCUAGAGGUUGUAUAUUUUACUUACAAAGCUUCCCUUGUACCCUUUGGCACAUUAUUGCUUAUGGUUUACUAUGCUGUAUUCCUUUAUUUUUUGCAUGGACACCAUGGAUUUAUAUCUGAAACCGUCAACCAUGUCUACUGGCAGGAUGCUCUCAGAACUUUCUUAUUGAGAAUGCUUGAUAAGCUCACAAAAGAUGACAAGAUGCAAAUAACAGUGAUCUCAACUUGGGCUACUAAGCUAUACUUGGACAAGGUGCCCAUCGUUACAAUUUUCAGCUUCCUAAAAUUAUAUGGCAUCUAUCAUGUCGGUAUUAUUGCUUCAAUAUUGGGUUUUACUGCCUUUCCAGUGCUUUUUCCUGGAAAUUGUCUGGAAAUGUAGUUCCAUAAAAAUGUUCUUUUGCUAUAAUUUAUAGACAUUUUGUUACAGAAGCACUAGUCAAAAUGUCACGUAUUUGUGACUGGAGGGAGUAGUUGUCUUCAGUUAUUCAUCUGUCAUGGUUGUCUCCAUCUAUGCCUAGUUGUAACUGAUGCGUGUGACUUAUGGACUUGUGGAGUAUAUGUUGGACUUAUGCGAUAUAACUGAUGCGUGUGACUAUAUAUGACCUAUUUGUGAUAUUUGAACUCUCUGAAAUGGAUAUUUAA